UUCUGUGCCUAUGGUUUCUGUCAGCAAACGGUGUGUCAUGUGAGACAAAGUCAGACACUGACGCCCAUUGACAACGCAUUGGCCGGUUUUUUUGCCGCAUUUUUCUCUUCAUUCACUUUAUGUCCGACGGAACUCAUAAAAUGCAAAUUACAGGCAUUGAGGGAAACCGGAGUCCAAACUCAUAUUGGUUCCGUUCAGUUAACGCGACAGAUAUUGCGCGAUGAAGGUGUUCCCGGAAUGUUCAGAGGGCUCACCUCGACAAUGGCCCGAGAAAUGCCCGGAUAUUUUUUCUUCUUCGGUGGCUACGAGUUGGCUAAAAAUGUGUUGAGGAAUGAUCCCGAAGAACAGAACAUUGGUAUUGACGCCUAA